AUGAUGAAGCUAUCAUGGAGUUUCUAUGGUCUUGCCAAUAACAAGUGGCAGCAUGGUGGUGGUGGUGGUGUUGGUGUUGGUUGUGGAGAUGGUGGUGGAUGUGGAGGUUUUGGAGGAGGUGGUGGUGGUGGUGGCAGUGGCGGUGGUUGUGGGGGUAGUGAUUGUGGUGGUGCAAGUGGUGGAGUCGGAUGUGGAAGUGGAGGUGGUGCCAUUUUUUAA